AUGGAUCCCAAGAAGCGCUUCUAUAGGCACUUCCAGGACAGCAUCGCGAUUCUACAGGACCAGAUUGACCAGCUGGAAUCUGUGGGCGCAGUCGCGGGUGAGCGCCAGGAAGCCAUUGACCAUGUCCUCGCCGGCAUCGCAAAGCUUCAGAACGCGGUCGCCGACGCUGCGGAUGAGACGCCGUCGUAUGACCGGAGACAGUAUUCUGAGACAAUCAAGACCCUGCAAGACAGUCUCAAUGAGACCAUUGCCAAAGUCACGCCCAAGUCUCGCUUCCAGUUCAAGCGCUCAGCACCGAGCGCCAACCACGUCGACAUGGGCGCACCCGAAAACGACCCGCGCCUGAACCCAGGCAGCUUCUCGCGGAACCCGCACGCCCCCCAUCCCGAGCUCUUCAACGCCGUGGCCGAGGACGACGACAAGGUCGGCGACCUGCCCGCCCACAGCAACCUCAAGGACUACAACCACGAGCUCUCCAUGCCGGGCCCCUCGGGCAUCCGCAAGCCCAGCUUCUCCAUGGCCAAGCACAUUGGCAUCUCGAACCAGUCGGGCCUGCACAUCAUCCUGCCCGAGUCGGCGGCACGCGCGACGUCGUCGGGCAGCCUCACGGACCUGAAGGACUGCAUCGUCGACAUGUCGGUGCCGACGGCGCAGGGCAGGCCGUUUCCGGGCCUCGCGCUCAAGAACAUUAGCAACAGCCUCAUCGUCGCCGGCAGGGUGAGCGGCCCGGUCCACAUCACGGGCAUCACGGACAGCAUUCUCGUGGUGACUGCACGGCAGGUGCGUAUCCACGAGUGCAGGAAUGUCGACAUUUAUCUACAUUGCGGCAGCCACCCCAUCAUCGAGGACUGCACGGGCAUGCGCUUCGCGCCCCUCCCACACUGCUAUAUGACCGAGGCCGACGGGGCAGUUGAGAACCAGUGGGACCAGGUCGACGACUUCAAGUGGCUCAAGGCCGGCCACAGCCCCAACUGGACGACGCUGUCGCAGCACCAGGUUCUCCCCGAGGAUAUCUGGACACACGUGGUUCCGGGGCAGCCAGGGGCAAGCGUCGAGGAGACGCUGAGAAAGGUCGGGAUACCGCGGAGGUAG